AAAAUGGCAAGAAUGGCAAGGUCUCCUCUUCUUCUCUCACUCCUUGUCCUAAUCUCAUUUCUGGUCCUAAUCAAGCCCUCUCACGCCGGUGGCAUAGCCAUCUACUGGGGGCAAAACGGGAACGAAGGUACCCUAAAACAAACCUGCGCCACCGGAAAAUACGAGUACGUGAACAUAGCCUUCCUCAACGUCUUCGGCAGCGGCCAAACCCCACAAAUCAACCUAGCCGGGCACUGCAACCCAGCCUCCAAUGGUUGCGCCUCUGUCGGCCCUGAAGUCACAUUCUGCCAGAGCCUAGGAGUCAAGGUGUUUCUCUCCCUCGGAGGUGGCAUCGGAAACUACUCUUUAUCAUCUGCUUCUGACGCAAAAGAUGUAGCCAACUACCUAUGGAGCAGUUUCCUAGGCGGAAAAGGAAAAGGCAGAGACAAGUCUACUACUACUCGUCCCUUCGGCCACGCUGUUUUGGAUGGGAUAGAUUUCGACAUAGAGCAAGGAGCAAAUCCAUAUUGGGAUGACCUUGCACGUUAUCUGAAGGAGUAUAGCAAACCAACAAGGGCUGUGUACUUAGCUGCAGCUCCUCAGUGUCCAUUUCCUGAUGCGUUCGUAGGCAGUGCGAUUAGUACAGGGCUUUUCGACUAUGUUUGGGUUCAGUUCUACAACAAUCCUCCAUGCCAGUAUAGCUCAGGUAACACUGACAAUAUACUAAGCUCGUGGAAUAAAUGGACUACGUCUAUACAAGCAAGGAAGAUCUUUCUGGGGUUGCCGGCGGCUCCAGCUGCAGCUGGAAGUGGGUUCAUUCCGGCUACUGUGCUGACUUCUGAAAUACUUCCGGUGAUCAAGAAGUCGUCGAAGUAUGGUGGCGUGAUGUUGUGGUCAAAGUAUUAUGAUGAUCAAAGUGGUUAUAGUUCCUCCAUUAUCAAUAGUGUAUGACUUUCAAUUCCUAAAUA